AACUUUAUUUUCAAGGUUUAAUAAAAUAUGUCUAAUCUGCUGUAUUGUACUGAAUUGUCCGGUGAUCUGGUGAUCAAUACACAGAUGUAAAAUUGGGCUGCAAUGAAUGAUGAAUUUACUAAGCUUGAAAAACUUUUGGAAUGAAACUCAUUGAUAAUACUGAAUUUAAUGUAUUGUAUAAAUACAAGUAUUUCUUUGAAUUUCAUUAUUCUGAACUAAAUUCGUCAUAAUUGAAAUACUGAAUGAUGAAUGCUGUUACCAUUCAACCGAAGAAAACUUCUGGAAAAGGAUACAAUAUGCUUGUGAAUGGUGAUUGUUUGAGUGAUUCUGAAAAUGAACAAACAGAAAAGGUAGAGUCAAAAACGAUAUUUGAAAAUUUGGAAAAAACUGUGCAAUGUGUCGAUCAAGUCAAUAAUGGAGAUAUUGAUUACUAUAAUGAUGGUUUAACACCAAUGGAUACGAGCUCUUGUACUAAUUCAAAUAGUUCAGAACUUCAAGAUGUCUCAAAUCAAAUCAGCAUCAGUUUUGUAAAUGACAAGGAAAUAUGUGAAAAAGCAAUGAAUGCAGCAUUGGCUAAUGCAGAAAUUGUUAAAAAUGCAAGGACUAUGCUACCAACCACUUUAGUGGAACGCCAACAGGUCACUGCACUGAACAAGACACAAUGUACAAACGCUCCUGGCAGAGCCUUGCGUAAACUGGACCCUCGUAAACUCAAUUUGAAUCUUGAUCUUUUUAAUUCAAAAACUCGAAAAAAAGAGAAAGCUAAUUCAUUGAGUGAUAGCCUACCAUCCAAUCCUAUGUCUCUACCUUCUUUGAUAGAAACAGAUGCAACCUCAAAAUCUUGCCAAACAAAAUCAGAAUUAAAAAAUUCUGAAUCAAAGCCAAAAAAGGGUAAAUCUUCAGAAAAUGGUGUCGUCAAUUUUACACCAAACAAAGUUCAGGUUCGCCAGCCUGAUUCAACAUCUAAACAAUCAUGGUUGCUCCGUCUUUUUGAAUCACAGGUUUUCGACAUGUCGAUUGCUCUUCAGUAUUUGUUCAAGUCCAAGGAACCUGGUGUACUUGCUUACCUGGGGAAUAAGCUCUUCACAUUUCCUGAAGAGAAAGUUGAUCUUUUCUUGCCAGAACUUUUAGUCAUGUAUAUUCAUAUGGAUCAUGAUAUGAGAGAAGCAAUACAUCCAUACAUUGUUGCAAGAUGUAAAGACAGUGCUGACUUCUCAAUAAACUGUGCAUGGCUUCUUGGAAGUUUCUCGUGUGCAAAUUCAUCAUCAGCGCCAUACAAAAGAAUGACGAGAGCUCAAAAACUCAGAUCAAUGAUAAUAUCUGGUGAACUUGGAAAAAGGACUGGCUUGUCUAGAAAUAUCAUGAACUAUUCACCAAAAUUUCCAAAAGAAAAAAAUAUUGAUUCUUCAGUUCACAAGUUCAAGAAAUCACAUAAACGUUCGAAAUCUGAUGUUUUAUCAGGAGCUGGUAAUGGAAAAUGCUCCAUACCAAGAGCAGGAAGUCAGUGGGAUUUAUCAACUGGUCAUGCUUUUGAAUGUAACGAAAAAUCUGACAUGACAAAUAGAUUAAUGCCUGAGAAAGAGUUUGUUCGUGCACUGCUUGCAAUUGGAAAACGACUAACUAAUCAGCCAACGAAAGAUACUAAAACACACAGGUUGGUUGCAGAAUUGCAGUUAAUAAACCUGAACUUGCCUGCUAGAGUUUGGUUGCCAAUAUAUCCGUGUCAUCAUCAUGUAGUCAGGAUUCCACCUUCGGCUGGAGUGGUUUUAAAUUCAAAAGAUAAGGCACCAUAUUUAAUUUGUGUAGAGGUUUUGGAAUGUUCUAACAAAGAAACUGACCCUGUUUCAUCAAAAUUACUGGAAAGUUCAUUGAGGCUUGCAAAAUCGGUGGAAAGUUUGAAAGCCGCCAAUUCCAUGACUGAUGUGCAACUACUUUCAAAAUCAUCAUCCACAAAAGUUCUAGUGGGCGCAGAAGCUGUGGCGCAUAUGGAGGACGGAUCAGACAGUAGUGGUUCUAAUAACUCUAUUGCUGCGAUUGGUGUCCUGGAUGAAGAAGGCACAGAUGACUCAAACGAACAUCCAAAUGAUGAAACUUUAACUGAAAAUCAAUUUUAUAAAGACGAAAACAUGGGAACUUUAGAGGAAAUUACAAGCCCUAUUGAUACUAUAAAUGAGACUGAUAGUACUGAUAGUGAUAUUACCGAUACAAACGAUGAACAGGCUGAGAAAGAUGUCAAAAAUUAUAAGCAAGAACACAAAGCUGCUCAUGUUAAUGAGGCAUUUGAAAUGGAAUCUGAGGAUGCCAUGGAGUCACAGACGAAUUGUAGAAAUAACCAACAAACUAUGAGUGAAAAUGGUGAAUAUUCUACAAAUCAUGAACAGGAAGACGAUGAUUUGUGGUCUCAGGGAGAUAUAACUGAUCUUGAUACUGUUGAGUCACCAACCCAACCAUCAUCAAAUAAAUUUUCAAGUUCUGUACAUGCACAAGAAAAUCAUAUAACAAUAAGUAACAGCAAUUCUGGCAGUGAUUCUAUAUCGGUGUCUCACUUAUCAGUACUAUCUAUCGAUAGCAUUGUCAGUAAUGAUACCCUUAGUGUGGAAAGUCAGGAAAUAUAUGUUGCUGCUGGUGAUAUAAGGAGAAGACUGCUCGAACGAUUGAGAGGAAGAGAUUCAAGUUGUUUUAUACGAGAUCCUGAUGAUCCAUCUGCUGCUGCUCUUAAGGAACCAUGGGAAUCUAAAGUUCGAAGAAUACGUGAGGCCUCACCAUACGGACAUUUACCUAAUUGGAAACUGCUAUCAGUUAUCAUUAAGUGUGGUGAUGAUUUAAGACAAGAACUCUUAGCUUAUCAGAUGUUAGUGCAACUAAAAGAAAUCUGGGAUCUUGAAAGAGUACAGUUGUGGAUCAAACCAUAUCGUAUAAUGGUCAUGUCACAAGAUAGUGGAAUGAUCGAACCUAUUAUGGAUGCUAUCUCUAUACAUCAAGUGAAGAAAAGCAGUCAGUUGUCGCUGCUAAACUAUUUCUAUCAAGAAUUUGGUGGAGCAAAUUCUGAAGAGUUUUUAACAGCCCAGAGAAAUUUUGUCAAAAGUUCAGCUGCUUAUAGCGUUGUCUGCUAUCUAUUUCAAGUUAAAGAUCGGCACAAUGGAAAUAUUCUCCUAGAUGCAGAAGGUCAUAUAAUCCAUAUAGACUUCGGAUUUAUUUUGUCUUCAUCUCCCAAAAAUUUAGGAUUCGAAAGUUCUCCAUUCAAACUCACAGAAGAAUUUGUUGAGGUGAUGGGGGGACUGGAUGGUGAUAUGUUCGCUUAUUAUAAAAUAUUGAUUUUACAAGGACUGAUAGCAGCAAGAAAACAUAUGGAAAAAAUUAUACAGCUUGUUGAAAUAAUGUCAGCAGGACCGUCGCUAACAUGUUUACAAGGCAUCAGCACAAUAAAAGCACUUCGAGAAAGAUUUCACAUGUCAUUAACAGAAGACCAAUUACACGAACUUGUUGAUUAUAUGGUAGAGGGAUCAAUGCGUUCAUGGACAACAAAACUUUAUGACGGUUUCCAAUAUUUAACAAACGGUAUUGCUCACUGAUCAUGCAAGAUUGGGUCUUUGUGAACUUUUUCCUGUCCCUUUUAACAGAAUAUGAUAGUAUGAGGAGUUAGUGCCAACAAUUUUAAAUGUUUCUUCUGUAUUAUUUCUGUAUGUUGGCUUCAAAAUAUUUCACACUUGUUUUGUAAUAGACAUAACAUAUUUUUAUAUGUAUGUGUUUGAUAUUUUUGAGAUGUAUUGAUGUUUUUGUUCAGCAGCUAACUUGUGGAUUCUGUAUUUAAAUUUCAUGACUUUUGAGCAGGAGAUCUAUUUUAUAUCCAGUCAUGUAUUGGUCAUUCCCAAAUUGUCUGAGCGAUCUACAUUGGUGAUUUAUGUUCAUUCAAAUGAAAAUUUCUAGAUAUAUUCAUACAUUAUAACAUGUUUUGUGGUACAGUGCUAUGUAAAUAUUUGGCAAAUUAUAAAAAUUACACGAGUAAUGUAAUAAUGAAUCAUUAAAAACAUUCUGACUAUAAGAAAAAGGUUUUAUACGAUUUAAGUAUCGUUUUCAUUCAAAAUCCCAAAUUUAGAAAAUGACAGUUUGUUUGUAACUUCAGUAGUAUGGUGCACAUUUUGACAAAUUGAUAAUAAGCGCCAAACUAAUAAGAAGCAAAACUAUAGGUUUUGCCAAUGUGGAUGUAGUCGGGGGAAAGCCAAAAUCAAACAUUUACUAUUCUGAAGACAUUUUCAUUUACUGUUAUCAAAUAGUUUAGGGAAAUUUGAACAAAUAAUUAUAAAUUCAUAGAAAUAAAUUGUUAAAUAGUUGAGCUAAACAUUUUUUUGAUUGAUUUGCUAUUAAUUAAUUGAAAGCUACUUUUGUGACAGAGAUUCAACAGGGAUCUACGUUAAGUUGUCAUAUUUCUAUUGAAAUAGCUUGUAUUGGUUUAUGAUAUUAAUUUAAUGAACUUAAGACACAAUUUUGAAUAAAAUACAAUAAAUUCUUAUAGGUGUGAGUAUCUAUUUUUAUGAUUUGAUAAGACAUGUAAACUUUUUCUUCAUGAAACGCCAUGUGCUCUAUCAUUUAAUGUUAAGAGUUCACUUGUGAAUGAAAUUCUUUUCGAAUGCUUGAAGCUAGUUCAUGUUGUGCAUUUGUUCCCUGCUAUUUAAAUAUGUUGCUGUUACCUGUUUUUUUAUAUUUUUCAGCCAAAAUUUGUUCAUAUUUACAUAAUAUUAUAAUCUUCGCUUUCAAUGCACGACAUGAGUAUUUUGAUAAAAAUCUUGAUAUUUUCAUUCCGUGAAACUUCAAAUCAUCCAUGUUACUAAUUGUUCCAUUUGUGAAUAUCAGGAAGCAAAUUUUAUCUUAGAUUUAAAUACAUUAGUUUCUUGUAAUGAGAUAUGGUUGGUUAACAACCAUGCUGCUUCCUGGAUUUUGGAUUUUAUUAAUCUAUUUUUAAAAUCCCGACUUCGACACAUUCUUGUGCUGUCACUACAAACGUUAUGAUUCAUCAUUAAACUACCUGAUUACCAUUUACACGACUUUUUUUAAUUCUAUGAUAAACUAAUCGAUUAUUUUAUGUGUAUACUUAUACAUGAUUUUUAUUCUCUUUAUCAUUUGCCAUUGCAAUGUAACACGAUUUGUUUGAUAUUAUUGUUCUUUACUGGUUCUACGUAUCAUUGUUCGAUCAUAUUUCUUUCAACCUUUAGUGGUCGAAAUUGUACCAAUUUAUUUCUUUGUAUGUUCAUCAGCUACCAGGAUAUAGGGUGGUUCAACUUGUUUUUUGGAAAUAGCUACCAUCCACGAAUUCAAAUUUUUUAUAUCUGUGGAAAUAUGUCGUGCAUUUUGAACCUAAAUAUCUUUACUCUCAUAAUUUGAAAAGUUGUAGAAUGAGUCUGAAAAACUAAAACCUACACUGGGUGAAAAGUAAUAUCUAAUUAACAUCUAAUUUUAUUUGUUUGGCAUGACUAAUGAUGAAUUCUAUUCUAUAAAUUCCCCAUCAGUCGCCGUCUUAAUGUUUGUCAAUAUGUGCCUGAUUAUUACGAGAAAAGUGUGGGCUGAUUUUGAAUUUCUUAAUAACUCAAUGAACUUAUGUAUCUAACAACUGUGCGAAUUUACUAUCUAUUUAUAUUUUAUGGUGGCAUCAUUGUCAAUACCUAUUAAAAGUGUGAUCUGAAUAUUUGUAGAAUUGUUAUCCAAUGUCACAGAAUUACUGGAGUUGGAAGGACCAAAAAAGAUGUUCAGUUUUUUUUAGAAAGAUUUUUUAUUGUAUUGUUUUCAAUUUGUGAAAUCAGAAUUGCUAGUAUGUUAAUAAUACGGUAAAUCAUAUGUUGUUACAUGA